AUAGAGAAGAAAACAAUAGCUGUAGAUUACAGGGGAGAAAAUAAAAGCGUUAUAUAUAAAAUGUAUACAUAACAUUCACAAUGGCAUACAAAAGCUUUUGUAUGGUCAUUAGUGUAAGCACAUAUUUCCUGAAUUCCUGUCUGAAGGUCAAGACUUCAGCUUCCUUCUCCAGACGCGUCUGCGCGGAGCAUACACACACUGGUUUGUUUUGGCAAUGAUUCCCUUUUCUCUUGAAGAAAACAGUCCUGCUCUGACAGGGAAAGGCUUGUAUCACAAAACACAUCGCAUGAUGUCAUGAUUCAUUGUCUUCAGAGACACCCAACAACAAACUGCACUUUUAAAAAAUCUUAGAUAGUUGCCUCUUGCCUCAACACGAAGACGGCUGUUUUCAUCUUACUUUGGUAACAUGUUGGAAACAAAUAUGUGAGAAAGGAAUGUAUAAAUAAAUCAUUUACUGUCUUUUAGAGCAGCAUGCAUGCUGUGCCUCAUUACUGUGCAUGUCACACAUGUACUUUGAGCUUGUGGAUAAUGCUUCUGUGGUUUAUAGAUGGGUCCUGAUGAUAUAACAAAAUACCUUGAUUUGACUACAUCUAUGGAAUCAGUUUCCUCACAGAGAAAUACUGUUAUCAUCAAAGGUACAACUAUUCCAAUGUACGUGACUAAAAAUACUGAACUAUUUGAGUUUAAACAAAUGAACAUGAGCUGAUAUUUGUGACAAUAAAGUCACAAUCAGUUCAAACAUAAUGCUUUGAAAAACUUUUGAAACUGAUAAUACUCGCUAAAAUGAUCCUCUGUAUCAUGAGCAACUUGAAAACCCAACACUUGUUACAGUAGUAUCAUAAAAUAAUGACUUGAUAUGCAUGUUAUUGAUAUGAGUGUGACACUUAGAGAAACACUUUUAUUAUAUUAUGGUUUCAUGGCUUAUAUUUUUGAUUUGCAACAGAAGUCACAAGUAAAUGUAUGCAUAUAAUUAUCUGACGUAUGAUUUUGGACCAAGCACUCAUGGUCCAGCUUGAAAAAAAAAAAAAAAAACAUCACGUGAAGCACCUCAUACAGUUUGGUGUCACCUCCAUUCUUACAUACCGUUUAACACGACUACAUUUAAGUCAGAAGUGCACACAUCGAUCAAAAGAACACUCAGGAAUCAGAUCACCCCCAUCUAAAACAGAAAUAUAUAGGAAAGAAAAAAGUUUCAUUUCCUUCUUGUGAAUUAGUCGGCUCUUCUCACUGCAGUCAUGAUCUUUUCAAUUAUCAGUUUCUCACUCUGGGUUUUCUCAUUUAACACUUUCAUAUUUAUAUUUCAUUAGGGCUGCACUGAUGCUGUGCAAAAUGGAAUGAGUGGCCCAUACUUUGCACCACAAAUCCACAAACAGAAAUAUUUAUUUUCCCUCUCAGUUAAAACGUCGACCCGGAUCCCAUGACUGCUAUGCCUCACUAAUACACACAACCUGAUGGUCAAAGGUCUGAGUUCACGAGCAACUGAGCACUGUCUUACAAGGCAAUAAGUCACUGAUGUAGCCUCGUGUGUUUUACACUCAGUUUGAUGGAAAACUACAGUUUAUUGGCAGUAAAUAAACCCUGAGGUGCAUUUGUUUAAGGUUAAUUUAACAUUUAAAAUCAGAUCAGACAUGCACGCUGUCAGUUAUGUAGUAGUAAAUCAAAAUUAAGAGAGGACAUUACCUCUGGGUGGAAUCAAAAAUAGAACCUGAAAUCCAGUUAUUUCCCAAAAAAACAUUAGUUUAUGCCUUUUCCACUUUAAAUUGCAAAAUGUCGAAUUUAAUAGCAUUUAGCAAUUUAUAUCAUAAUCAUUCAGACUCUGUCAGGCUGCAGAAGGUGUGUAUACUGACUUCAGGUGGGUUUACACUCCCCUAACUGUGAACACACUGCUGGGUUCUGCUGCUGUGAAUGAGAGAAAUGAUGCUGCAAUUCCCGCGCCAUGUAACACUGCAUCUCCUUCUCCAUCUCUUGAUGCCAGUCUGAGCCCCCCCAUGACUUUCUGUUUGCAGGUUCGUGACGUAGAGAGAGACAGGAGGACAGAGAGAGAGAGAGAGAGAGAGAGAGAGAGAGAGAGAGAGGGUGAGAGAGAGAGAGAGGGAGGGAGAGAGAGAUUCCGAGAUGGAUUGAUAGACAAAUGCAGAGAGGGCGGAACUUGGAAUUACAGUACAGCGCUUAUUCCUCACGUAUUUUGCCAUCUUGUGAUGAUGAUGAUGAUCGCAGGUGCUGGACAUGGGUAAAUCGAGGUCUCUGGCUAAAGAAGAGGAAACACAAGGAUACAUUACUUCUCAGAGCUGUGCGGUGCGAUCACACGGGACUUAUUUGUUUGGUUACUGCCAAGAGUUUAUUUAUUUUUUAGUUUUGUUGUGCGUAAAAGGCGCAGCAAACUAUCGUCCCCCUCCAAACAGCACUGGAGAUUAGGGGGAUUUUUUCAAGGGGGGAAGUGAACUGAAAACUUGGGUUUCAAGGUGUUUGCUUGCUGCUUCUGCUUAUUUUUUCCCCCCGUACCCUGCCAUGAGAGAGAUGAAGGAAGAUGAUCUUUGAUGGACAUGAAGGUGUCAGGAGCUGGCCGAAUCCCUUCGUAAUUUUCGAGCUUAUUCUCGCUGAAGCCGAUCCAGCUACUAAACCCCAAAAAGAGCAGCCAGUUUGAAAAGAAGACUGACAAUUUUCAGCUCCGAGAGAUCAAAACCCCACCAACCCCUGCCCUCCCCCGAAAAACCGGGAUGAUUUUUCAAAACUAAUAGACUUGAUUUGUUUGUAAUUCCUGCAUGAGAAGCACCGUGGAACGUGACGGUCACUAUGCCGAGGAGAAAGCAGCAAGAGCCGCGGCGAUCAGCAGCGUACAUGCCCGAGGACGAGCUUAAGGCAGCCCCUCACGAUGAGGAAGAGCACCUGCAGGAUGACGGCCUCUCAUUAGACGGCCAGGACAAUGAGUUCCUGUGCAACGAGGAAGAGGAAGAUGUGGAUGGAGGCCAGCCACCUAGCUACAGAGACUCUCCACUCAGCAAUGGCACUAACCCUGACGCUGGAUAUGGGUCUCCACUCAGUGAUGCCAGCGACCGACUUACGGACUUCAAGAGCACCUCUUCCAGGGAUGGUCAGGAGAGGGAAGGCACAGCUUUGCCCUUCCGCCCCAACAACGGCCUCUCUUUCCAGGAUAGCCUGGCACAGAUGAAAGCCGUCUAUGCAAACCUCAUCUCAGAUGCCUCUUGGUCCAGCAUCACGAUGGACAUCAUGAAAUCUAAGCCUGCUGCAGCAGGCAGUGUCAACAGUGCCCUCACCACUCCAGAGCCGGCCUCUACUGCCUCUGCCUCCACAACAACAACCAUAAGCAAGAGCAGUGGGGUCAACAUGACUAGCAGUCACAAUGGCAGGAGCUCCAGCACCACUGUCAACCACACAGGCAGUGCGAGUGGCAAUACUAAUGGCACAGCAGCUAGCGCUGUUAGCAGCCACAGUGCAACCAGCAGCAGUGGGAGCAGCAGUGGUGGGGCUAGUAAUGGUAGUGGUGUAGCCUAUGACUGGCACCAGGCAGCACUAGCCAAAACUCUUCAGCAGACCCCAUACCAUCUUUUGCCAGAGCCCAGCCUCUUCAGCACAGUGCAGCUCUACCGGCAGAACAACAAGCUGUAUGGCUCUGUUUUCACUGGUGCAAGCAAGUUUCGCUGCAAAGACUGCAGCGCUGCCUAUGACACACUGGUGGGUUUGACAGUGCACAUGAAUGAGACAGGCCAUUAUCGAGAUGACAACAAGGACAAGGAGGAGGAUCAGGGAAAGCGCUGGUCCAAACCACGCAAGCGCUCCCUGAUGGAGAUGGAGGGGAAAGAGGAUGCCCAGAAGGUGCUGAAGUGCAUGUACUGUGGCCAUUCAUUCGAGUCUCUUCAAGAUCUCAGCGUUCAUAUGAUCAAGACCAAGCAUUACCAGAAAGUGCCUCUCAAAGAACCAGUGCCAGCCUUGGCCACAAAACUGGUGCCCACGUCAGCUAAAAAACGAGCUAUUCAAGAUGCUAUAGUCUCCCCGUGCUCCCCAGACUCUGUCCAUGCUGGUAGUGGUGGUGGAAGUGUGUCCCUCGGGGACGUUGGCAAAGAUACAAAAGCCGUACCAAACCCCUAUGUUACGCCAAACAACCGCUACGGCUACCAGAACGGUGCCAGCUACACCUGGCAGUUUGAAGCUCGUAAAGCCCAGAUCCUCAAAUGCAUGGAGUGUGGGAGCUCUCAUGACACACUGCAACAGCUGACUGCCCACAUGAUGGUUACAGGUCACUUUUUGAAGGUCACAAAUUCUGCAUCCAAGAAGGGCAAACAGCUGGUCUUUGAUCCAGUGGUGGAAGAGAAGAUUCAGUCCAUCCCACUGCCACCGACCACCACCAGACUCCCCGUUCCCAGUAGUGUUAAGUCCCAGCCUGUGUCCCCUGCCCUCUCUUCAGGCUCAGAGGAAAAGAGGGAUGGAGGUGAGGAUGAAAAGGUUGAUGGUGGUGAGUCAGUGGAGAGAAAAAUUAAGGAGGAGAAAGAUGACUCAGGUGAGAAGUCUGAGACUGAUGCCACAUCAUAUAAAUAUCUUAGAGAAGAAGAUCUGGAGGAGACUCCCAAAGAGGGUUUAGAUAUUCUUAAAUCCCUUGAGAAUACUGUAUCCAGUGCCAUCAGCAAGGCCCAGACAGGCACACCCACAUGGGGUGGCUAUCCUAGCAUCCAUGCAGCCUACCAGCUGCAGGGUGCCAUGAAAAGCUCCACUACUGUUCUACCCCCAACUGUACAGAGUGUCCAAAUGCAGCCAAUGUUUAACAGUGGGCUACGGAGCCUGGUGAGUGACCCCAACUCAGUCAUCCACUCACCUCGGAGCCCCUCCUCACCUACCCCCCUCAGGAGCAAUGUCACUGCCAUGGAGGAGCUUGUGGAGAAAGUGACAGGGAAAGCUGCCACUGUGAAGAAAGAAAAGGAGGAGAAGAUGGUGAGCCUGGAGCGUUGCCGGCCCCCGUCGUUAGUAAAAUCCCCCUCUCCUGCACUGAGGGAGCAGAGAGAGCAAUUAGGAUCUCCAAAUGACCUUUCUGUAGGUAAACCGUCUGGUAUGAGAAGUAGCAGCCCAGGCAGCGUAGAUUCAGAGCUCAUCUGCAAGAAGGAGCCCAAAGAGAGCCUAGUGGAUGGCCACAGCAACCAUUCAAAGAACGGCUCCGAGGCGUGUCAGUCCCCGGUAACUAACGGCAACAGUCUUGGCAUCAUCACUGAUCACUCACCAGAAAGUCCUUUCAUCAACCCUCUCAGCGCACUCCAGUCAAUCAUGAACACACACCUGGGCAAGGCUGCCAAACCAGUGAGCCCAGCCGCAGACCCACUAUCUAUGCUUUACAAAAUCAGCAACAGCAUGAUGGAUAAGCCAGCUUUCAACCCAACUCCUCAGGGCAAGCCAGCUGAGCCCAUCAACCACUAUCAGUUGUAUGAAAGCAAUGACCAGCCCAUAGACCUGAGUAAAAAUAAGUCCUCUAGUAACAGCAACAAUAACAAUAACAACAGCAGCAGUGUGCUCUUGACCAACAAUAGUGUAAAUGGUAAUAAACCCCUCAUUUCCCUCCCUGACUCAGUCUCCUCUCCCCUGCGAGAGAAUGCCCUGAUGGACAUUUCUGAUAUGGUUAAGAACCUCACCGGCAGACUGACGCCCAAAUCUUCAACUCCCUCCUCCAUUUCAGAGAAGUCGGAUGCUGACGGCAGUGCGUUCGAGGAUGCUCUAGAGGACCUCUCCCCAGUGCAGAAGAGGAAGGGGAGGCAGUCCAACUGGAAUCCUCAGCACCUCCUCAUCCUCCAGGCACAGUUUGCCUCCAGCCUGAGGGAGACCCCAGAGGGCCGCUAUGCCAUGACCGACCUGGGUCCUCAGGAAAGGGUCCACAUCUGUAAAUUCACAGGUCUCUCCAUGACCACCAUAUCCCACUGGCUGGCUAAUGUCAAGUACCAGCUGAGACGGACUGGGGGCACCAAGUUUCUCAAGAACAUGGACUCGUGCCAGCCUGUGUUCCUCUGUGGUGACUGUGCCUCCCAGUUCAGGACUCCCUCCUCCUACAUCAGCCACCUGGAGUCUCACCUGGGCUUCAGCUUGAAGGACCUGUCCAAACUGUCAGCUGAGCACCUACGGGAGCAGCAGGCUGCCUCAAAGGUGAUCACAGACAAAAUGACAUUCGGCAGCCCCCUGUCAGCCUUGACCACGCCAGAGGACGACACAGGCUCUGUGUACCAGUGCAGACUUUGCAAUCGGACAUUCGUCAGCAAGCAUGCAGUCAAACUGCACCUCAGCAAGACCCACGGCAAGUCUCCAGAGGACCACCUAGUGUUUGUCACUGCUUUGGAGAAACUGGAGAAGCUAGACAAGAUGGAGAAGGUUUAAGCGGGGUCUGGAGCUGUGGGUAGAGACUGACAGCUGUGGAACUGACUAGAAUUUCAUUGCACUAAAAUGACAUUGUUCACAGUUACUGCACUGGGCCGAACUGAGCCGCCAGAAAAAAAUCAGUCUUAUUAUUUUUUGUUGUGAUAACUGCCUGACUGGACCAUGUCUUUUCAUGUUGAUUUGUUUUUGUUUUGCCAAGCUUUUUUACACUUAUUUUGUAAUAUAUUUAUAUGCUAUUUGUCUGAUCUGUGCAUGUAUUUUAGUGAAUCAAGGUUAAACACAAGAUUUUAAUCUUUUCAUGGCAAAAAUACAACUACUGCUUCAAUGGUAAAAGUGGUGAGUGGAGAGAAUUGGUGGAAGAGAAAACUGUAUAAUACUUGAUAUGAAGAAGGUGAAAAUUAAAUGUAUACACCAAAAGAAUGAAAGAAUACCCUGAAAGACUGAAGUAGCACCUUAGACAGUUGAAUUUUGAAUUUGUAAAGAGAACAUGUUUUGAAAUAUCUUGCAUUUGUCAAAAUCAGAUUGAUUUUAAAAGAUCAAGGAUUCAUCAUUUCAUUUCCCCCUUUCCUCUCGUUUUUGAGUUCCUGUCAUUGCAAUGUUUUUGAUGAUGAAUGGCCUGCUCAUAAAUCCGUCAGUGUAUUAGAAAAAAAAAGAUCAUGUGAACAUUUGGAAAAACUGAAAUGCUGCUUUUGGUUACGAGUCAAUCAGUGAAAAUGAAUGGCCGUCAGUAUGCAAGUUUGCUCAAAAAAACUUUUCCUCGUUGUGAAGUACCACCUUAUAGCAAUUUUCCAGUUGUAUGGUUUGUUACAACUUUCUCUUUCUAAAUUGUGUCGCUUUAUUCAACUGUAAAGAGAAAAGUCCGUUACAUGUAAAUGAUUACCAGUGAAAUGUCAGUACUCCAUAAGACAUAUCUUACCAUUUGAAACGGCUCCACAUUCUUUGUAUCUUAAGGUGUGUGCAUUCUCUAACUUUUAUAUUGUCAUUUUAUAUACAAAAAUGAUAAAAAAAAAUAAGAAAAACAGAUGGUGUAUAUAGAUAUAUGCUGUAGAGCUACAAAAUGUCCUUUUUUAAAGAAAAUACAAAUUUAGCUUCUUUGGCUUGGUUUACAGAAAUGAUUUUAAUUAUACUUGCAUCCAAUUUGAUGCAUGAAAUGGUGUGGAAAAUAAAUAAGCGAUGCACAAUGACUAUACAUUUCAAUGUUUUAUCGAAAAUAUUGUUAAAAAAAAAAAAAACUUUUUAGCACCGAUUAGUUUGUUUCAUUUCUUUCUCAAUUGUAAAAUAAACCCCAAAGCAGUUGUUAACAGUCA